UAGAUAGCAUAUACAACAUCUUCAAAAAUGGCUCAACGUGUUACCUACAGAAGAAGAAACCCAUACAACACCAGAUCUAACAAGAUUAAGGUCGUCAAGACCCCAGGUGGUAAAUUAGUUGCCCAACAUGUCAAGAAGGCUGCUUCCAGAGUCAAGUGUGGUGACUGUGGUGUCGCUUUAGCUGGUAUCUCCACCUUGAGACCAAGACAAUACGCUCAAGUUUCUAAGACCCACAAGACUGUCCAAAGAGCUUACGGUGGUUCCAGAUGUGCCAACUGUGUCAAGGAAAGAAUUGUCAAGGCUUUCUUAAUCGAAGAACAAAAGAUCGUUAAGAGAGUUUUAAAGGAACAAGAAGAAAAGGAAAAGAAGGCUGCCAACAAGACUGGUAAGAAAUAAAUUAUUUAAAUCGGAUUUAAAUGUAUAAUAUUUUCAUCUGUGGUUAACGGUACUCUGUAAAUUCUUUUUCACUUAAUACACAACAAAAACGUAUAAAG